AUGGCUUUCCCUCUUCCUCGGGGCGUCACAGCCUCAGAGAUCGCCUUUCUGGCAGAGAUGGAAACAGUGACAAUUGUGCCUCGUCAACGUCUAGAAGGCCUCGAAUUACUAGGAGGCCCCAUUGAACCUCUCAUUCCACCCCGACGCGCCUCACUCCCCCUCUGGCUCGCGCUCCUCCUCAAACGCCAACGCCGCGCAAACAUCAUCCCACCAACAUGGCUACACCCAGAGCCACUAGCUCUCAUCCUCGAAGUCGAGUCCCAGCACCAAGACUACAAAAAUGCUUUCUCCCCACCUCCUCCCCUGCCCGGUCAACCCAGCAUUCUAGACCGUGACGCCCUACCAUCUGCUCGGCCGCAAUUUACACCAGAUGGCAAUCGAUACUAUGCGGCCCCGCCUUUCAUACCCCAAAACACAGCCCAGACCGUGACGUCUUCGACGGAACCGCCCUCACUGCCAUUCCACUGGGUCGAGGUUGGAAAUAUGCUGCUCGAGGCCGCGAGUGAUGAUCUCGUGGACCCGGACCAGAUACGGAGACUGCUGAAGGAUCUGCGCGAGGUGCGCAUGGCGAAAAUGAGGUCUGGUGUGGACGUACUGGAUGCUGCAGCAACCGGUGGCGGUGGUGUUGCUUUGACGGGUGUCGGUUCUAUGGAGCUGGGAGAAGAGCGAGGGUUUAUCACUGGUGUGGUGGAUGGUCUUCGGAGAAUCGGGGCUUCCAAGGAACAGGCCCGCCGUGAACAGAUGGCCGAGCAGAGAGCAAACGGCGGCUAUGAUGGCACCCAGGACAACGACGAAGAAGAAGACUACAUGGAGUUCUGA